UGAGUUUGUUUCUGUCAGCGUACGUAGCUGUGCAUAUUUCGGGCGCUGGGCAAUAAGAAAAUCGAAAUAAUAAUAUUGUCGAGAGAUUCCAACAACUGGCUGGUCAGAAGUUUAUACUGCUAAUAGAAUUAUGUAAAAAUCAUGCAUUGUUUGUAGUUUUCGCAAGUUUGGAAGGCCGUAUUUGAUCGAGAAAAGUGUAUAAAUUGUUCCCGAGUGCGUGUAUCUGCGAUUCUAGUCAUUCAAAAUGGAAGCAGAAGGAGGUGAUUCGGAAAUUGUUUAUGGAACGCACGAUGACGCUGCAAUGGUGAUGUCUGAAAAAGUACAAUCACUAGCCGGCUCAAUUUACCAGGAGUUUGAGCGCAUGAUAUCGCGUUAUGAUGAGGACGUCGUUAAAUCCCUUAUGCCAUUACUCGUAAAUGUUCUGGAGUGCUUAGAUGCUGCUUAUCAAAAUAAUCAAGAGCAAGAUGUUGAGCUGGAAUUGCUACGGGAAGAUAACGAGCAGCUGGUCACACAAUACGAACGAGAGAAAAAUGCUCGAAAACAAGCUGAGCAAAAGCUUCUGGAGACCGAAGAUUUGGCCGAACAAGAGAAUAAAGAACUGGCAAGUCGAUUGGAAUCUUUGGAAAGUAUUGUGCGUAUGCUUGAGCUGAAGCAUAAAAAUAGUAUGGAUCAUUCUAGUCGAUUGGAAGAAAGAGAAGGUGAACUAAAGAAAGAGUAUAACAAACUUCACGAGCGUUAUACAGAGCUAUUCAAAACGCAUGUUGACUAUAUGGAACGUGCUAAGAUUAUGAUGGGAAAUUCCAACCAUUCCCAAGUCAGUGGUGCGUCUGAACGAUUAAAUCUUCAUACUUCGAGAUUGAUUCCAAUCGCCCGAUCGUCCGGUCCAGUAUCCUAUGGAUUUACAUCGUUGGAAAAUUCCACAAUGCUCGAUUCAGAUGUCGUGUGUAGUGGGGAAAGUAGCAAUGGCUCAGGGCCACCUUCAUUGCAUAACGAGCUUGAUCAGAUCGUUACCGCCGAAAAAUCGUCCGAGACGGAGAAAAUGCAGCAGGUUAAUCAAGCUACGUCUCCGGAGAGUGAGGCAUCAAAACCGGUCAUGACAAACUCAAUUGGUGGAAAAACUACCACCAAGAAAGAGCAAAGAUCUGGAAAUACUCUCUACCAGGAACUGUCGUUCCAGGACGACACCGUCGAAAGUGAAGAGGCUGAAAUUACAGGGGGAUGGGUGCAUCCAGGAGACUAUGCUUCUUCAGUCAACGACAACUUCUUUGGAAUGGGUAAAGAAGUGGAGAACCUUAUAAUGGAAAAUAAUGAGCUGCUAGCUACCAAAAAUGCAUUGAACAUCGUCAAAGACGACCUAAUAGUUAAGGUCGAUGAGUUGACCGGUGAAAUCGAAAUUCUGCGUGAAGAGCUUAACGCAGUGAUUUUGGCGAGAAAUAAGCUAAAAUCCAAAGUUACCGAACUGGAGGAGGAGCUGAAGAAGACGAAAGCUCAAGUUAAACAAACUACAGUCGAUCAAGAGGAAGAAGGUGAUAUUCCCAUGGCCCAGAGGAAACGAUUUACCAGGGUUGAGAUGGCACGCGUGCUCAUGGAAAGGAAUCAGUAUAAAGAACGAUUUAUGGAGCUACAAGAUGCCGUACGCUGGACGGAGAUGAUGCGCGCUUCCAGAGUGGAGAAUCUGGACAAAAAAUCAAAACAGAGCAUUUGGAAGUUUUUUAGUAACCUUUUUAGUUCAGGCGAUAGACCGCCGCCUGAAUCUUCCGGGCGAUUACUUCGAUAUAGUACAAACCAAAGCCCUAGCAUGCAAGGGAUCCCUGAGGCAAGACUUUUCACAAGUCCUGCCCAUUUUAGCUCUAUGAAAUCCUCGAAUGUGUUGGUUCUCACCAAAGAACCGGAUCUUGCUAGCUCGGAACGGGCCAACCAAAGAAGACGUGAUCAAUACAGGCAAGUGAGGGCACACGUGCAAAAAGAAGACGGGCGAUUACAGGCAUAUGGUUGGAGCCUACCUUCAACGAAACCUAUGACCGGGGGCAGUUCCUCAAAGGUAAAUAGUGGCGUCCCGGUUCCAGUUCCUGUCUACUGUAGGCCGCUAGCCGAAGCCAGUCCACACAUGAAAGUGUGGUGUGCCAGUGGCGUUAAUCUUCACGGAGGAUACACCAGGGAUGGUGGUUGCAUGGUCGGUGCCAGCAUAUUCUACUCAAAGAAAUCCGAGACGAAAAUCACUGAAAUUACUGAGGCCCAAUCGGCCGAAAUAAACGAGCUAGAAUCUCUCGAAAAACAAUUGGUGUCCAUCAACAAUGCUCUGAACAGCGAAACUGAGUUGAGUUCAUUCGUCUGGAUUUGCACCAGCACACAUUCAGCGAGCACAGUUACCGUUAUCGAUGCCAAAAAUCCAGCGGAAGUGUUGGACUCGUUUCCGGUCUGCCAGAACCAUUUACUUUGCAUCUGUACCGUGCAAGGCGCGGAGGAAAAAGAUUACGCACUGUUGGAGAACAGUGAAGUUACCAAAGCAGGAGAAAUGUUGGAAAACCCAGGUAGUGCUCCGGAUGAUAUCGGCAAAGUUACCUUUGUAAGGCAUGAACCACUAGCCGCCCAAACUAAGGGUGAUAAUGCUACCGACAGUGGACAAACACCAUCUGCGAACUGCGAUCAAAAUCACAAUAAACAGGAAUCUCCUACUGCAAAAGAGCAGGAAAAACCGGAAGUUGUUGGUGUGGCAAACACUGAUAACAAUGACAAUAUCACGGCUUGCGAAGCUAACGCGGAUGAUAAACUUUCAAACGAUGACCCUCCAGUGUCGUCCGUUGGUCCAACCAUGUGGAUGGGCGCCCAGAAUGGCAUGCUCUAUGUGCACAGCUCAAUUGCUAGGUGGAAUGUAUGUUUACAUCGAAUCAAACUGCCCGACUCAAUUUUGUCGAUAGUGCACGUUGAAUCACGAGUCGUCGUUGCACUGGCAAAUGGGUCACUUGUUGUAUUCAGGAGACAAAUCAGCGGAGAAUGGGACACGAAUAACUAUCACAUACUGACACUGGGAUCACCAAAGCACUCGAUUCGAUGUCUCACAAUUGUUGGAGAUAAAGUAUGGGCAGCCCAUCGCAACAGGAUUCACGUAAUAGAUCCUAUCACACUGACCGUGCUACAUUCAUUCGAGGCACAUCCACGGAAAGAAAGUCAAAUACGGCAGAUGGCGGCCACAGGUCUGGGUGUUUGGAUUUCCAUUAGGUUGGAUUCCACGUUACGACUAUUUUCAUCGGAAACAUAUGGACACAUACAGGAUAUUGAUAUUGAACCGUACGUUUCCAAAAUGUUGGGAACAGGAAAGCUUGGUUUUUCGUUCGUUCGGAUAACGGCCCUAUUGGUGUCCUGUAAUAGGCUCUGGAUUGGGACAGGGAACGGCGUGGUGAUAUCCGUGCCGUUAAGCGACUCUAGUGGUGCUAUAUCGAGCAAUAUGCUGCCCCGGUGCUGUAUGGCAAAUGCUCAACUGUCGUUCCACGGCCACAGAGAUGCGGUAAAAUUCUUCGUGGCAGUACCGAUGAACCCUGAAACGCAAAAUCAGUUCCCUUGCAAGAAGGAUAUGCUGGUUUUGUCGGGAGGAGAAGGAUACAUAGAUUUCCGGCUAGAAGAAAAUGUGGACGAUGCAUGCGACAUUGCUUCUCACAUAUUAGUUUGGCGAGUAAACGCUUCCAUUGAUGAUUUGUCAGUAAAUCAGAGUUGACGUAAAGGAGACGGCGAAAUGGAAAACAGUGUUGAAAUAGAAGCCGAGCAGACUACCGGGAACCAGAACGAGAAAAGCUUUAUCAUAGUGUGGCAAGUUAAUAAUGCAUAACCUGCUUUUCAAUACUGAUACUGUCGACAGGUGAUAGAUUCAAAGUUUUAAGUUAUUCCAAAAAAGUGAAAACUAAAUGGUGGAUUAUGAAUUCAGGACAAAGAAUCAUUAGUGAGGUUUUAGUACUAAUUUAUUAUAUUUUAUGUAGAAGUUCAAUCGAAGUUCUGGAAAAUUAUCCCUCUCCAGGGAAUGUUUUUAUGUUUAUUUCCUUUAAGCCGAAGAUUUUUAAUUCCAUUUAUUUGUAUGACAAGUAAGCUUGAUAUUAACAUAAUGUAUUUGAUAUUAAACACUUCACGAUUUUCAAAACACCUUGUUUCUCAAACUAAUAGCACCGAGAAGUUUGGCAUAGAGAUCAAGAAAAAUAUAUAUUCGUAAUGAUUGCUUGUUAACCAAAUUAUCGUUCCACAGAGGCUUCAUUAAUUAUAACAAAUAAAUUAACUCCUCUCAUGUAACCUCUAACAUAAAAUUAGUAAACUUUGAUUAUGCUACAAGAAAGAAUUUAAUUACAGCGAAUAUAAUCUAAUGAUAUUUAUCAAAAUGUGGAUGUCUUAGCCGAACUGAUGUUUUGGAUAACCGUGAAGGGUAUAAUUUCGGUACAAUAAAUGAGUUGUUUUCUCGUAGUGAAGAGUUUUUGAAUGUACUAGUGAAAAGCUAGUAUUGAAAGAUUGUGAAUUUGGCUAGUUAAGCGUUCGGUCAUAGUGUAAUAAUAAAUUACAGGCCGUUCCUGUUUUGAGCCCUUGUUCUUUUUCAUGUUUUUACUACAUGAGAGUUAACGUAAAUUUGAUAUCGAUAAUUUCGCAUAUUGAUAUGAUUACCAAAAGAAUACAGGCUCAAAACAGAAUAGCUGCUCCAUACAAAUUGGAUAACAUUAUUUUCAUAAUUGUUGUACAUAUGAAACGUAGAUGCUAGUCAUAUUCCGUAAUAUAGGAAGGUUCAAUAUAAUAAAUGUAAAUAUUACGCAGUAUUUUGCGACUCGACUUUAAAGUGUUACUAAAUAUGAAAAACUAAACAGUUUUCUAAACACGUCAGAUAAUUCUGAUCGUAGGAACAAAAUAAAGCGUAUUCGAUAUCCAUCAAAAAA